AUGGAUGAUACUCUUCUUUCCCCCUUGUUCACCAAUGUGUCCUACAAUGGCGAUGAGGGAAUUUUGAACAUGUCCAUUGUCAUGGACUCGCUGGGAUAUAUUGUGGACGUGAACGAAACCACAAACACCUACACAACGCUCCAUGUCCGGCUCAAAUACGUUGGCGAUGUGAUAUACGACGAGUACUUGAGACUGUGCAAUUACUCCAGGGUGCUCCGUGCGGACGGAGAAGAGCCUGCCAGCACGACGGCCUCACAGCAGUCCUCCUCCACCGACCACAGCUCGCUAAUAAACCAUUCCACGGGCGUGCCAGACAUGUCCGAUAUGAUUCAAAAAAGAGACGUCUCGAUGGACAGGUAUUUCCCGCAGCUGCUGGACCGCUCGGAGAAACUCUACGACUCGUGUCCGAUAUACGACGGAGACAAGGUCGUGGUGGACUUGGCGCUCUAUAUCGGCUACCACUCUCCUUUUGGAACGUACACGCUGGACGUCACUGUCACUGACUCGGACGCCAACCACACGGUGAUUGGCUGUUCUCUGGCCACGUUCAGUACCGUGCAGAAACGCUCGCUGCAGGACUUCAUGGUGGUGUUCACGGCAUUGCUGCUGUCGCUGAUUAUUCUCUCGAACAUCCUUGGGUACCAGCUUUCGCCGUACAUUGACACGCAAAACCCGUUCCUGUACAAGGCGGCGUCCAUCUGCAACGCGCCGCUGCUCAACCAACUCUCGCCGAGCUAUGCUGACUACCUGGUCUACAUUCAGUUUAUCCACUUCAUGGCCGGCCUAAACCUCGAAUUCCCAGGUUUUUUCCAGCCCCUCAUGACCUCGCAGCGUUGGGCAGGCGUCAUGGACGUGCUGCACAACCACGCCGCCAGGGGCGAAACAUACUUGCCGCCUUCAUAG